ACUAUUACUAUACCAGUUUGAAAAAGCUAACAAAAACAAUGACAGAAUAGUGAAACUUUGGUUCAUCCAUUUAAACAAUUGAAAAUAAGAACCUGCCUCUUUUUUCCUGCUUUUAUUCAGAAACAGGCUCAGAGAAAAAGGGUUGCUAACGUGGUCACAACAAUUAAAAAAGAAAAAGAAAGACAUUAAACAAAAUACGAAAAAUAGCUAACAUAUUUCUCAGUAACAGUGCCAUUUUACUAGUGCCAGUUUGAAUAAGCCAAUAAGAAAUAACAGAGGUCGUUUGGAUCUCUUGAACCGUUUGAUCUAAAGAAUGUCCUUUGUUCCUAAGUUAGCCACGAGCCAAAGGCAAAACUCUGAGGUUAGAAUUGCAAAUUACGGAGCAGUGGAAUAAAUUUUUCGGACAAAAACACAUCACUCAUAUUGACAGGAAACGCGAAUGCAGAGUCAUUAGUGUCUACGGUCUUGAGGUUAGUAGAAAAAGAAAUUGCAAAAGAUGUUUUUCUUUCAAUAAGGUAGAUAGUUCAGUUUUAUAGCCCUAGAUUGUACAAUUCUACGUUUAUCAUUUUCUAUGUACGGUAUUUUCUGGCAGUAUAUCUAUACAUUAAAUCACUUACUUGUACUAAUACCAGAAAAAAAAAGUUCGUUUUUCCAUACAUAGCUAUAUAUUUAACCCACCCUUGACGAUUGUGGUUGUAAAUUAUGACAAAUCUCGCGUGAUUUUUCCUGGAAGAGAAAAUAUCUUCCUAACCAAGACAUAAUUAAGUUAUAUCACAUGAGUUUCUGCCAUUCAAUAAUGUCGUAUGACAACAAUAGUAUUCAUUUCGUUAUUUCUUUUAGUUCGCACAAUGCUGUACACGUGAAGUUCCUCUAUGACAAAGUAUAGAAUGUGAAGAUAUAUAUAUUUGACCAUUUUAAAUCGUGUAUUUAAUUCAGGUGUGUCACUAAGAUUGAACUGUUUUUUUUUAUUUGUUGGAAGCAAGCAGCCAUUUGCAAGGUAAUAGCUGCUCGCAUGGCAAUAUUUUUAAAAAAAUUAUAUUAACUGAUUUACAAUGAGCUUUUAUCGCCGGAAAUAAGUCUGUAUCUCUCUUGGUAAUUUGUAAAAAUGACCUGCUAUUGCCCGUUUCGCCCGUGAUUUCUGUCACAGAGGGUGAUACAAGAUGACAUUAACAAGUUAGCUCUACUUUGUUUAAGUUUUGCCAUCUGUCAAUUGUCUUUCAACCUUUUGGCCGUUUAUCAAACAUUGUAGGUGAAGAUGAUAAGGUCAAGAGACUACUUGUGAGAAAAAAAUAAUUGGAGCUAUUGUCAGUUGUCAGUUAAACUGCUGACGGUUCGAUGGUUAACAGCAACCCCAUCCAGUUCUUCUUCAAAGGGAAGACGACCUCACUAGCUGGUGAUACCCAAUAGAGAUGUUUCUGUUUUCUUGCCAGACGCAUUAUCUGAAGUAUAAAAGUUUACGAAUUCAAAGGUGCCUACAGGAGACGUCCGAUUGGUCGUACAAAAAGAAUGAUAAAGACCUGUUGAACCAGGGGGUAAAAUUUUCAUGGAUCCUUAGCCCAUUCAGUUUGCUAAGAAAAUUGAAACAAAAAAUGAGUACGUACGAAAGUUCGCAAAAGUAGAAGUAGUAUUGGUUAGCCGGGCGGCUGUCCAGUUUAACCAGACUUCUAGAAAUUUAUGACACACAUAAUACUUAAGGAGAUCGAAGAGAGAUUUCUCGAAGUUCUCUCUAAAUUCUGCCAAGUUCCGCCUGACCAGUCAUACCUCUCUUUUCUCAUUUUCUCAGAGUGCAAGCCAAAGAUGGCACUCACAUUUCAAGCUCUUUUUGUGGCUUUAACUCUCGUUGCCUACGGCGAUGCUGCUGGUAUCGGAAACGUCUUUAAGCUCUCGCGUAUUGGUAAGACUUUCCGGAGAUUACCCAUGAGUACCAGGGGUCUGGAACGAUCUGCAGAUAUGGCUGGUUACACCUUUGGUAUUGUUGGGGCAUACUGGCGCUCCAACACACUGGCUGCAUACGCCCAAAUGUCACGUGGAGAGAUCCAAGAAGCCAUGGAGACCAUUCAACUCGCUAUAGCAACCUUGACAGUCUGGGACCUUGGUCAGGGAAUCGCAUAUCCAGUGGUGCACAAGCUAGUCGAUAGAAUGAUUAAGAACAAACAACUAUUUGGAAACACUAUUCAGGCGUUUGAUGACUACCGUAACAUUAUGAAGACGGGAGUUCUUGAUGACGCCACGAGAGCAGCAACUCCAGACGCUCUGAAGGCCAAACUUUUACGAAAGAAAAGGAGCAUAGGCAACGCAUUUCAGACAGAUGUCACCAAAAUUAUUCAGAAGAGCCAGUUGUAUACAGAUCUAGUGACAGAUCUAAGAGGAAUCAAGAAUGUACUCAAGGUCGUUAAGUGGACUGAUGUUAUUCUGGGACCUCUGUUCGAUGCAGCAACGGUAGGUGUCAGCGCCUGGCAGCUUGCAGAAGCCAUCAAGAACAAAGACGGACCUGCAAUCGCUGCAAGUUCACUCUCCCUUGCUUCAGGUCUUGCUGGGAUCACGGGAUUUGUUGUCUCCGCACUUGCAACUACGGGAUCUACGCUGGCGGCUGUUGCUGGUCCCGUUGGAGCACUCGUGGGCGCUAUUCUUGGACUGGCGGCAAUUAUGGUUGAAAUCUUUACAGCCCUUAAUCCGUAUAGGCAAAUCGAAAGUCACGUUAAGAUGAUUCGAGACCUCACGGACAGAUCAAAAAAGCUGCUGGACCGAAAUAUUAAGGAUCUCCCCAACCUUGUUCCGCAACGAGAUCAUUUUGAAUUUUCGUGGGUGUAUGAGGUGAACCAAGGUCUUAUGAUCGAAAACAUCCAAGGUAGACUACAAAUGUGGGGGCAUCAUGUUACGUUCAAGCCCGAGAAUCCAUCGAAAGAAAAAAAUGGUUAUUUGGUCAUUGGACCAGAAAGACAUUUGGACAAAUCGAAGUAUCCAGGCAAUUUUUUCUGGAAUCCUACAGGACUUGAAAACAUUGGUUACGACUUCUACGGUAAAAAAGUUACAGAUGAAUUCAAGGGUGCCACAGUGAUAGUCAAUACUAAUUUGGUAGCUGGAAAAGCCAGCGUGGAACUAAAAGGACUGGACAUUACAACUUACAUGAGCGAGACUGAUGACAAGCCGGACAAUGUGAUCAUUGACGAUAUGUACGACGUAACACCCUUACCCGGAUGUGUUACAGUUAAAACAGGCGCAGGCGACGACGUCAUUCAAAUAAAUGGCUUGGUCGGGAAACCCAGAAUAUUGAAUAGUCAACUACGACCUAAUCCGAACCGGAAAGCUUUCUUUGCUAUCCGUUCAGCGUAUGGAAGGUACAAAGUAAUGCAGAGAAAUAAUGACGUUCUUUCUUUUGAAGGAAUGCCGAAGGUACAAAAACGCGACCACAAAAUUCUCGGCGUGGAGUACGAGAUAUUUUUUGGAAAACUACACUAUAGGGUUGCUGACGAUCAAGGAAGGCCAGUGAGCGUUUACUGGGGUUUCGUAGAAGGGAUCAAGAUGUUCGUGGGGACGCCGUACAACGACAUAGUGGAUGUUAUGUUGGGCGGAAUGUUUUUCAUUCGACAGACAAAGGGACAAAACGUGUAUAAACUGUACCUUCAUCCGGUUUUACAUUCCCGUACCACAAUUGAUGAUCAAUCCAAAACACCAGGCAAAAUUAUCCUCGAAAGCCGCAGCUAUCAGGGUGGAGGUGGUAAAAUAACGAACAGAUGUCUUCAGUUUUCCAAAGAUGAUCGCACAUUGUACAUUUACGAAGACAAAGGGCAGGCAUGCGCAGAGUAUUCUCGCGCAAGAAUCGUUUUUAGCAAGAGAGCAAGCAACACCCACUUGGUGAGAACGGAGGCAGAUGGAAUCGAAAUGACCUUGGAGCAACUUCGGCCGAAAACCAGUGAUGCAGCCAUGUUUGAUGCAGGAGGAAAUACGCAGUAUUUUUCUGAUUCUGCUUCGGCGCGAAACCGAAGCUACUGCCAGAAAGCGAAUGUUGCUCUUUAUCCACCUCAUCCUCACCAAAGCAAAUUCGUUUUGAAAACCAUUCAAAGUAAUGAUUCCAAGGGUGCACUGAUCUUGUCUUCCGACUUCAUAAACAGUUGUAUGCAUAAGUCAAACAUGUCAGUUUUACUCGUCCGUAGCUUUGACCUGGAUCGUCCUUCCUGGCGUCUGAAGUUCUUUGUACCGAGAGAUCAAUACCAUGUUGAAUGUCCUGGAAACGAGUUCGAGCUCCCCAUUGUCAAGAACUUUGCAAGGCUCAUGGAAGAACGGAAUGAUGGGGAGGAUCGUUUGGUGGCUGAUCUUCGUCAUGACAAGCGUAUUCAAAUCGAUGUGAACGCAGAGUUGGCGAAACUAGAUAACCGACAAAGCUACCAUUUUGACAAAGAAUUCGAAGGAGAAGUGGGUGUUUCCCAAGAUUUGUUGUUGAAGCCGCCUAUAACCAUGGAUCCGCCAUCGACCUUGACCUUCCAGUUGGAUGUCAAAGGUGGUCGGCAGUGGGAUCCAGACGCGUUGAUUUUUACUGACGAACUAAGGAACUGGCUGAAGGAAAAUGGACGGAGGAUGCUGUUGAUAAACGAACUCGAGGGGGCUUGGAAACUGCAAAUAACCAAAGGUGACGACACACCCACACAUUCUCUGAAUCUGAAGAACAUCGAACGCAUCGAUUAUGAACCAAGGGAUGGGUCCCUUAGGCAGCCUAUUGUCCUGGACUUAGCCACUGAGGUUAAGAAAAGGAUCGAUUUGGAGACCACCACUGUUCAUGAUCUACUAACGGAGACAGAUUCUUCCAUGGAUUGAAGAAAUACAGCGUUGAUCACUGAGCUCAACAUGGAACAUUUACUACUUCUGGAGUUAUAUAAGUUUCUGGCUGUAGUUAUUCCAUGGAUGAAAACAUGCCAAGUAAUAAUCAUUGCAAUAGUUAGUAUCACCGAGGUGUACAAAUCAGUAACAAUGAAAUUAGAAAUGACAGUGUUCGUAAACUAACAAUGUCAUUUUAUUUAUGUUUCACAACAACAACCAACAUUUAACAGAUUGACAGAAAAACGAAGCUCGCAAAAAGCCAGUCCAAAAGACUAUUAGAGGCAAAAGAAUCUUGGUAAUACUAGAGGAAUAUGUCACACAAGGCUUUGCAUGAUUUUCACCGAAUUUCAGAAAGAAAUUGUUUUGGUUGAUUCUGAAAAAAGGCCGGGAUUUAUGAUUGUAACUUUAAUUAGUCAAAGUAAUCAAUUGAAAGUUAAGUCAGUAAACUGUAUUCAAAACCAAAAAAAAAAUGUUUGUUUGUUUGUUUGUUUUAAAUAUGUCAAUGAUACACUCACGUGAGUAGCCCACAGUGAUAUACUGCAAGGAACCCAUGCAGUUUGAUUAGCUUUGGCAAAUACGACUUCUAUAAGUGGUUCGAAGUUGUCAAGCAACCUCGGCUUUAAGGAUAUAAACCAUCGUGUUGGCAAGUUACUUUUCGUUCCAUUAGAAGCCAACAUGGAUUGAAUUCGAAGGGUAUAUGCCUGGUGUUCAGCAUUAAGAAAAGAAAAGGAUUAACACCACAAAUCUUGGAAGACGUGUAAGUCUAUAGUCAAAUCUAUAGUCCUUCUGGUUAGUUGGUAUUUCGUUUGUUAGUAAGAACAAAAUCAUAUGAACAAGUUUUCGCACCGUUUUAUUAACCAUAACAAUAACCGAAAUGCCACUCUCGGUUCCUAACAUUUUCAGAGACAACUGUGAAACCCAAAUUAUUAUCCUUUGAAAACAUGCUCUUAGCUUAUUUCUGGAAAAAGUUGAACACAAUGCUAAGUGAGUACUUAAAGUGCACCUCACCCCCAA